ACAUCAAUAUUACAGAGAUCUGAUCAAUGGCUUCAAAUGAUAAUUCACAAAUUGAAGACAUCAAUGUUCUACAGAAGCACGUGGCUUUCUUCGAUCGCAACCAUGAUGGUAUCAUUUACCCUGGCGAGACCUUCAAAGGUUUUCGAGCAAUUGGAGCCGGCCUUCUCUUGUCCUCCGUCGCUGCCAUUUUCAUCAACGUGAAACUCAGUCACAAAACUCGCCCGGGCAAAUUUCCCUCUCUCUACUUCCCUAUAGAGAUAAAGAACAUUCAUAGAGCCAAGCAUGAGAGUGACUCUGGUGUAUAUGACUCCGAAGGAAGGUUUGUUCCCUCAAAAUUCGAAGAAAUAUUCCAGAAACACGCUCUCACUUAUCCAAAUGCUUUAACGGAAAAUGAGAUAAAAACGUUCUUGCACGCUAAAAGAGUUCCCAAGAACUACACCGGAUGGUUUGCAGCCUUCAUAGAGUGGAAGGUGUUAUACAUAUUGGCCAAGGAUAAGAAUGGUUUGUUGCAGAAAGAGACAGUAAGAGGUCUCUACGAUGGAACCCUCUUUGAGAAAAUGGAAGAGGAGAAAAAUAUGAAAACAAAAUAAAUGACAAAAAUGCCCCCACCAGCCUACUAUAUAUUAUUUUUAUUGAUUAAACUAUGUACUUAAUAAAGGAUAAAAAUUGUUGUGCUCUUUAUUAGUGUGAAGUGAAAUAUUAUUUGUUUUGCUAUUUAUUAGUGUGAAGUUGAAAUAU